AAAUAUACCACUUCUCAAAAUAUAAUACCAUUCCUUUUUUUCUUCAACUGAAGUGACAUCUCCCAAGAUCCCCUCUUAUCUAUGGAAGUUGAAGAUGAUGUCUUCUUUGCAGACUUGAACAGACGAAUUUCUCUCCUAAUCAUGGACGAUGACGAAGAAGUUUCAGUUGUUAGUUACCCUUCAGUUUCUGUACAGGGCUUCACGAUGAUGGGAAUCCAUCCGUCGAUGCAAGUACAGUCGAGCCAGUUUACUCACAUGCAAAAUGGUAGUAGUACCAGAAGAGAGUGCAAAGGAACGGGAGUGUUUAUUCCUCAGUCUGCACAUCCAAGGAGAAGGAACAGGCAAGGAAGGUUCCUAUCAUCUUCUUCCAACACUAAGAACACAUCAAGAUCAAACCUUCCUCAACCCACCACUUACAAUCUCCCAUCUAACAACAACAUCAACAACACCACCAACUAUUACUGUUACAAUUCUUUUGGAAAAAAUAGGUGUUGAGUGAUUAUGAGAAGCCAAGUAAUUAAUAGUGGCUUUCUCUAGUACAGUAUCCAUGUAUAAGAAGUGAAGGAAGUGCUUAAAAGUAAAGUGUUUUGAGCUUUUCCUUUUGUCAGAUUGUGUGAUCAUCCCCUACUUGUUCUUCUUAUGUAGGAUGAUAAGCUUUGUCUAAUUAAUUCAUUUAU